CUCCAGGUAGCCACAGUGUAUGGGCAUGGGCACAUUGUGCAGUUACUGCUGGAACAUGAUGCUAAUGUCAAUGCACAAGGGGGAGAAUAUGGGAGUGCUCUCUAUUUAAUUUCAUUGAGGGGAUAUGAAUGCAUUGUGAAGUUGCUGCUGGAACAUGAUGUAGACGUGAAUGCACAUGCACGGGAGGAAGAAUAUGGGAAUGCUCUCCAGGCAGCCUCAUAUAAGGGUCAUGAAUCUAUUGUGAAGUUGCUGCUGGAACAUAAUGCUGAUGUGAAUGCACAAGGGGGGAAGUUUGGCAAUGCUCUUCAGGCAGCCUCUUUAAAGGGGCAUGAGCCCAUUGUGAAGUUGCUGCUGGAACAUAAUGCUGAUGUGAAUGCACAAGGGGGGAAAUAUGGGAAUGCUCUCCAGGCAGCCUCCUAUUAUGGCCAUAAGCCCAUUCUGAAGUUGCUGCUGGAAAAUGGUGCA